UUCCUAGUAUGAGGACAGGAGUUGAGGAGGAGAGAAAGACUGAGCCAGGCACUGGACUUGUUGAGGGGAAGAAUACUCCACAGGUCUGUAGAUAACAGCCAUCAGAAUCUUGAAUGAGUAAUAAAGAUGGAGUGAAUGAACUUCAAAGGAGGAGAGGUUACCAAGAGAUGGGGGUAAAGGGAGAACCUGGAAAUGGCAAUGAGGAGAAAGAUCUAACUCCCCUCCUACUCUCAGAAUGCUGGGGCACAGAUGUGAAAUUGCAGCCAGUGCUAGAGGGCUAGCCAGCAUAUAUCAUCAGGAGGAAGCCAAGUCUCAAUGACCCCAAGAAGAUGGAAAGAACAAGAAAGGAAAAGGAUCCACCUUUCUUUUUCCUUUUCAACUUACCAUAUGAUGGAAUCCUCAGUCAAAAGACACAAGAUUCUGGAAAUCCAAGUCCCUGACACUUUCUAAAGUUGAUUGCAGCACUCCUGCCUCUUUGCUGUGGGCCUAUACUGGGAAGGUCCUCAGGAAAGUUACUGCUCAGUAAAGUUGGAGAAGGGAUCAAGAUGGUGACUGUGAAAUCAAAAGGCCGCAGGAUCUUGCUGUCCCUGACCACCAUUAUCCUCCUCACUACAGUGAUCUCCCUGCUGCUCUAUGCCCUGCUCUGGAGAUCAGGCAACCUUAUUGACCUUCCCACCAUAAAAAUUGGCUUCUACAACUUCUGCUUAUGGAAUGAGAGUUCCCAUUUUCUCCAGUGUCAUCAGUUCCCUGAGCUGGAACGGCUGAGGGUGUCCCAAAUUGGAAUUGCCCUGGCAAGGUUUGGUGUCUAUGGGGCCCUAGUCAUUGCUCUAUUUGCUGCCCUACCAUUCCUACUGGCCUGGUUUUAUGGUAACAAGGACAAGUGGAAUCUGUCAGUGGUGCUCCUAGGGGCUUCAGCAGGGAUGCUGCUCGGCGGACUUUUGCUCUUCCUCUUCUACAUCGCUCAAUGGAUCCAACCCUCAAAGCUGGGUGCUGAGUUUCUAGCUCUGGUUGGGGCAGAAAUCAUGCUACUGCUUCUGCUGCUUAUUAUUGUCAUGUAUCCCCUUGGUUAUGGGAGGAGCAAGCUUGAACCCCAGGGAACAAAGACCUACAUCUACAGAGAGAGCAGCCCUACAUCUGUGGCCUCACUCAAAAUAGAUAUAAACCCACAGAAAUUUUCUAAGGAUCACUGGGGAUGUGAGAGAGACAUCCCCGUUCAUUUGCCCUUUUCUCCCUAAGGAAAACUGGGGAUAGAUAAAACUCAAUGAAUUCUUCUCCAUAUCUAUCUCUUGGGUCUUUAAUUCCUUCUACCAUAAAAAAAAAUAGAUAUGGAAAGAC